AUGAGAAAACCUGGAUAUGGUCCAAAUGGAGUGGAGACCGUGAAGCUCAAGGCAGUCGGGGCCUCGGCCAGAAGGAGUGUUCGUAACACCCUGCAAGCAGCCUCUCUGAAGCCCUCUGACCUCCACUCCAUCACCCCCAUCUUACUCUGCAGAGUUGCACCUCAUAUUGAGGUUUUAAAGUCAAUAGGCCAAAUCUGCCCUCCAUCAGUUAAUGAAGAUGCCUGGCUGAUAUAUUUGCCCCCAAACUACGCAUCUCCAACAACAGCAUCUCAGGCAUUUUGUGAAGGAGAAACUUCCGUGCUUUCUGGACACCAGUCUGUCUUUCUUCUGGUGUUUUACCUCGCUACUGUGGAAACAGUGGAAUUAGAUCCUGUCCCACAGUCACAGACUCCUUCACCUCCUCCUGUGACUGCUGCUGACCCAGCAUCACCAGCACCAGCCUCAACAGAGUCACCUGCUUUGUCCCCUUGCAUUGUAGUUAAUUCCACACUUUCAUCUUAUGUGGCAAACCAGGCAUCCUCAGGGGCUGAAGGUCAGCCCAAUAUUACCAAGUUGAUUAUUACCAAACAAAUGUUGCCUUCUUCUAUUACCAUGUCUCAGGGAGGAAUGGUUACUGUUAUCCCAGCCACUGUGGUUACCUCCCGUGGGCUCCAGUUAGGCCAAACAAGUACAGCUACUAUUCAGCCCAGCCAGCAGGCCCAGAUUGUCACUCGGUCAGUGUUGCAGGCAGCAGCUGCAGCUGCUGCUUCUAUGCAACUGCCUCCACCCCGACUCCAGCCUCCUCCAUUGCAACAGAUGCCUCAGCCCCCAACUCAACAGCAAGUCACCAUUCCGCAGCAACCGCCCCCACUUCAGGCCAUGCAACAGCCUCCACCUCAGAAAGUUAGAAUAAAUUUACAACAGCAGCCGCCUCCACUGCAGAGCAAGGUUGUGCCUCCACCCACUCUAAAAAUGCAGACUGCCCUGAUCCCUCCAGCUGUGGAGAGCAGCCCUGAGCAGCCUCUGACCUGCAGCCCCGAGGCCCAUACAGCGGAGGCAACCUCUCCUGAGACAAUUUGUGAAAUGAUCACAGAUGUAGUUCCUGAGGUGGAGUCUCCUUCUCAGAUGGAUGUUGAAUUGGUGAGUGUCCCUGUGACACUGUCACCUCAGCCUCGAUGUGUGAGGUCUGGCUGUGAGAACCCUCCUGUCAUCAGUAAGGACUGGGACAACGAGUACUGCAGCAAUGAGUGCGACAGGGAUGUAUUCUUGGCCUGGGUGGCCUCUAGAAAUCCAAACUCCGUGGUGUUUGUAAAGUAGCCUUUCCUCUUCUCCAAGCCUUGAAGAUUCAUCCGCUGGACACAAGUCCAGGAGCCUGUUUUUGAAACACAAGCUGGGCUUCUUCUGGUAGUGCCUGACCUUUACACCCAUAGUCCUUCAUGCUCCCACCUUUUCUUCAGCAGAGGCCAGACUAAGGAACAGGGCCAGCGAAUUUACUGUGAUUUGGAAUUGCUUUCACUCUCAACUACAAGCAAAACUGCCAGGUUAAUAAUACAGGGAAGGGUGAAGGGAAGAUGGAAGCAAAUCAUAGAGGAUUAUUAGAAGAAAUGUGUUGGUAAAAUUGUCAGAGCCUUGCCUAAAAUGUUACUGGGAAAGUGCUCAGCUCUGUUCUUAGGAGGAGACAGCCCUGGGAUGGGGCUUAGGGCUACAGCUCAGUGAUAAAGGGCAUUGGGCAUAAGUCCCAAGAGGAAUGAAAAUACUGAGCUAAAAUAACCCCCCCUUUUAAAAGGGAAUUACUAUUAUUAAUCUACACAGUGCUUUAAGAACAAAGAUUUGUGGGGCUGGGGUUAUGGCCUAGCACUAACAAAGCUCUGAGUUACGUCCCCGCAGAAAGAUCAGGAGUUCAAGGUCAUCCUCAGCCACCAGUAAGUUUGAAA